GGACAUUUCGGCAAAAAGCGGAAGAAGAGAACAAGCUUGUUGUUGGCGGAAAAUGGUGUACGGCAGGCGCGCACGACCCAGGGUGUACUUGGGGGAAGACAACGAUGAUGAUGACUACGAUGACGACGAGGAAGAUCAGGAGGACACAGAGCAAGUGGUAAAUGAACAGUGGGGUGCUCAACAACAGCUACGGCCGCAAAACCAACAACAACAACAGCAACAACAACAACAACAUGCUGUCGACAGUGCACGUCGUGCUGCCGGAACUCACAAUGGCGAAAAUGAUGAGGAUGAUGGCGAGGGUGACGAUGACGAUAUUGACGACGCAAUGCUGCUGGAGCUGACAACCACGAUUGAGGCAUCCCAAUCCGUCGUGCAUCGUGACGAUGCAAAGCGGGGUGGCACUGCAACAGAGGGAGGCGAUCCCGAACCAAAGGCUCCGAAGAUGUCGACUGCGGAGGCCGGCCGCCACCACCAUAUUCAAGGGCAGCACGCAGCACAAGCAAAUCCACCGUUGUCUUCCCAGCGGCACCUGUCACCCACGAGUGGAGUCACGCCCGAACUCAAGCAGAGCCUCGCCAAGGCGAGAGGAGAAGCGGCCACGUUGCGGUUCGCAAAUGACAAAUUGGAGCAAGAGAACAGGAGACUUGUCCAAGACCGCGCAGACCUGCAGAAGGAGCUGAAGGUGCAGAUACAUAAUUUGCAGGAGCAGUAUGCCAAGGAGAAGAAGGCUCUGGAGUCAAAGAUCAAGUUUCUGCAGAUGGAAAUCGACAACAGCAAACUCGACCAAGAGGCGAGCAGAGCGCCGCGCAAACAGCGGAUCACACCGGCAGAGAUGGGCGACAUCGCAGUGGGCUUCACAUCGCCACGACGACCACAACAGCACCACCACCAUUAUCAUCGUCAGCAGUCGAGUGGAGGGGACACGACGCCUCCAGCAGCAGAAGAGCCGUUGUCGGAGGUGCAGGCAACACCACUCAAGCCCGCGCGGCGACGGCCCGCUGUGUCAUCGCGCGGGCAGCAGACGGACAGCGACGCAACGGCAACGAGCAGCACAGCGAGGGGUGGCAGUGGUGAUGAUGAUGGUGGUGGUGGUGAUGAUGGUGCCGAUGCGUGGCAGGUGCCAGUCAUGCCCAUGCACGUGUUCCCACGAAACUCAACAAUUGACACGCCCGACCUGUCAAAGAAUGUCUUUUUCGUGGAAGGCGUUGUAUCGUCGGAUUUCCGGGCACAGGAGUGGCUCUCCUCCCUCGCAGAUCCAAACGACAACAGGGAGCGCGCUCUGCUGCUGUCCACGCUGGCGACGCUGGUCACCCGCCGCCCGGUCUUUCUCGCGUCCAUCUGCCACGACCCGCCAACCACCCCAUCGUCGCCCUCAACGCCGUCUCCGUCUCGCAUCGCCACUGCUGCCAUCACGGGUGCAGCGGUGCCCGUCGAGCCGGGCUCACACCGCAGUGCCCUCGCUGUCGUGCUGCACAUGAUCACGGCAGAGACCGCCGAUGCGCGCGUGUGUCUGGCGGCGGUGCAGUGCCUGAAGACGUUUGCAAUUCACUGCCACCCGACACAGGGCAGCGUGUUCCACGACCUCUUUCGUCCACAUGUGCUCGACACGCUGCAAGCAGCAUGCACAGACAACGUGUCAAUGAUGGCGGAAACGGUGGAACUGUUCAGUCACAUCUACGGCCUCGCUCCAAUGCAGUCCUGCGGCAUCCCCCCAUGGGUGCUGGCUGCUGCGUGCGCGGAUGACACGCGUGUGUCGUUUGACGCAAAAGUUCGCCUCUCAUCUGCACUUGCAACAAAGGACGAUGCAGACCACGAAACAGUUACAAAGCUUGCCCAUGCGCUGUUUAAGCACGUGGAGGAGUUUCUGUUUCGCAUUCACACGGAACCAGCACGCGUCGAUUCCUGCUGGCGGUGUGUGAUGCGAGCGCUCAAGAGCCCUGCUGCCCAGCGCUGGUCGAAACACAUCACCAAGGUUUCGGACACAACCACGGCCCUCAUCAUCGCCAGCAACAACCUCCGCAUCGCUGUUGCGCUCAUGCGUGCAUUCAAAUCGCUUGCGGCAUCACACCCUUCGCUUGUCGCAUCCGAAGACUGCGCACACGCCGUGCAGCUGACGUACGAGAGCGCCCAUCGCGCGGCAGCAUCGGUAUCGCGGCGGCAGCGGCGGCCAUCCCGACACACACGCGCACGCACACACGCCAAAGCAGCAGCAGCAGCAGCAGCAGCAGCGAGUUAAAUCAUUGUUGUUGUUGUUGUUGUUGUGUGUGUGUGUGUGUGUGUG